AUGUAUGAACGUCUGGAUCAGGUAGGUCAAGAAAGUUCUGCGGGAUUCAACAACGCAGGAACGGGACACUCUGGCUUUAUGGAAAUGAACUAUACCCCUGAGAAAGACGGUAAAGUUGAUAUUAAAAAAGCCAUUGAUACUGCUUCACAAUUUGAAACAAUCCAGCUGUUACAUCACAACAUACUGCAAAAGUCUAUGUAUGUAUUGUUUGGUCCAUUCGCAACCUAUUCAAACAAGUUCCUAAAAAAUGGUUCUCAGUUUGAUUUGAUUGAUGCGACCAACAAAAACAAUGUGAUUCCGAUGGCAACCAUUGGAAUGGAAAAUCUGGACUUGGUGAAAUAUUUAGUCAGCCAAGUGGCGAUGUCUAAGCAAGAUCAGUUCAAUGAAUUGAAAAAGUAUUAUCCAGAUGCAAAAAUUGAAGACUGGACUUUAAGCCAAGCUGGCCAACGUGUUCAAAUCAUCAAAAAAGCACCGGGUAAACCUGCAACACUUCAAUUCGGUACUGAGAUCUUCACCUCUAAAGAUGGUUCAAUCACAGGCCUUCUUGGUGCUUCUCCUGGUGCAUCAACCUCUCCAUACAUUAUGCUGAGCUUGAUGGAAAAAGCAUUCCCUGAGCAAGUGAAAGGUAAAUGGAAUCCAAAAUUGCAUGAGAUUGUGAAGUCUUAUCAACAGGAUCUAAAUACCAACCCUGCUCUGCUUGAUCAACUGCAAAUGAUGCGACAGCCGCUGCUGCACCUGCUGUAG